CUCUUCUCUUACUGCCACCUCCGCGACCGGCCGCGCGGCGACCGCAUGCUCUCGCACCACGAGUCGCUUGUGCUGCACCACGCCGGCAUGGCCGAGUCGCUGCGCCCCUGGCUCGUCGCGAAGCUGCUCGCGCUGGCGCCGUCGCUGGUGACGCUCGCCCCGGCCGACGCACCCGCCGCCGCCGGAGCAGGAGGCGGCGCCUCGUCGAGCCGGCACACGCUCGAGGCCGCGCCUGCUGCUGCCGCCGCAGAGCGUCGGACGCAGCGCCUCGACGACGUGCGGUACAUGCGUGGCAGCCGGGUGCAGCUGCUGCGCAUCUAUCCCGCGGACACGGCCGCAGCAGCGCCGCCGGCGGGCGCCGCACGCAGCGAGGAGAAGCGCCGGCUGCUGCAGGCCGCCGACUCGGUCGCUGCCCGCAAGCUCCUCGCACGCUGCAGCCCGCCGCCGCAGCAGGGCAUGAUGCUGGCCUGCGUGGCUGACCGCGAGGCGCAGACGCUCGUGCGCUUCGAGGCAUCAGCCAUGCGCAAAUUUGCUCAAAAGUGCGACAUGCCGCUCUCGGCUCUCGGCGGCGCGACGCUGGUGCUGCAAGAGGUGCGGCCGACCGUCAUGCUGCUGCCGCGACUGAUGGGGCAGACGGGUCCAUUUGCACCGCCGCCCGAGCUUGUGCCGCGCCUGGUGCUCGACGUCGCCUCCUUCAAUGUGCUCGGCGCACCGUGCGACCAGCCCUUCCACAGCGUCACCGAGCUCGAGUACCGCGUCUUUCCCGGCCGCUCGACGCUGGAGCCCGAGCUGGCCGGCCACCGCGCUUGGUUCAAGCUCUGGUUCGACGAAGGCGCCAAGCACCUGCGCCGCGAGCGAGGCGCAGAGAAGCGCCUGGAAAUGGAACGGAGAGAGAACGAGAGGCGAAGAGCAGAACGCAGAGCGGCGCGGAGAGAAGAGCAGACGGCAGAGAGAGCAGACGAGGGCGAAGCGUCAUCGACAAGCGUUGCGCCUCCGCCCGCGCAGGUCCAGCGCAGUGCACAUCCCGGCGCCGUCGCAGCUCUUGGUGCGGCUCAAAAGGCGCAGGAUCUGGACAGCGCGCAGCGCCAGCUGGCAACUCGAGCCGAAGCGGCACGAGAGCCAACGCCGACUUUUGAAGUAGAGUCAAUGGGCUGGGGCGACUUCGACAAAGUGCUCGAAGAAGAGAUUCAUCCAGCUCGACUGGAGACAGUCGCGCCUCCUCGCGGGCUCUCAGUGCCACUGGCCCCAAGCCCGCCGGCUCGUCUCCGCUCGCUCUCGCCGCAGCACGAGUCUUUCACUGAGCGCGUGCCGUCUCAUCGUGCGGCACCAGCGCGGCAAGCGUUCAUCCCGAUGUCGCCCUUUUCAUCGCAGUCGCAGUCGCAGGCGGCGUCCGAGGUGCGCCGCUCGCCUGCGCAAGGCGAGCUGCAGCAGCAGAGCUUCUCGCCGGGCCCGCCGCAGCUGCCCGACGAGGACUGGACGCUGCCGUUUGCCCUGCCUGGCGAGACGCAGCUUGAUCAUCUGCAAGAGGAGACGGACGACGCGCCGCUGGCGCCUUCAGACAUGGCGAGCUCGUCCAGGGCCACAGCGCUUGUGCGCUCCCGGACGCCGCCAGGCUCCGCACGCGUCGAGGAGAGGUCUGAGAUGCCGCCGCCAUCGGUCAGCAGAGCGCCUGCAUCGGUGCCGACAUCCACGAAAGCCAGCACGUCCACUGUGCCGACCGCGCCUCAAGCACGUGUGUUGGUGCUCGAGACGCAAGUGGCUCGUCCGAGGCCAGACAUGAGCGCGCAAGCACCGUCAGCAGCUCGUGCUGAUCAGCCAUCGCCAUCGGCCCAAACCAGCGCCAAGGCGACGAUGGCCGCGAUGGCAGCAGCGGCUCGCCGUGCGAUGAGCUUGGCGCGCAAGACACCCGCCAGGAUUGUCGACAGCGUCGCGGCUGUCGCCGCUGCGCAAGUGCAGCCCUCUGUGCCGGCCCGUCCAGCCACUCCCGCGGUUGUAGCAGCCGAGCAGAGGCAGGAGAUCCUCGCCACUGCUCCUACUCAAGCGGCAGAGCAGAGCGUCGAGGCCGCAUUAGCUGCGCCGAACGACAGAGCCGUCGAGCAGCCGCGAGCGCAAGCUGCUGCAUCGUCGCCUCAGCGCCAGACGGAUGAGCCUGACGCAAAUGCGCAGCAAGCCACGCCGAAGGCGCGUCACGUCGUUAGGACGCCGUCGAAGAAGCGCCCGCACGAAGAGGUCGAGCCCGAGACGAGCGAGACAGGCGCAGCGAAGGAAGGCGACGGUCGCAAGGUGCCGCGCCUCGCCAGCGCCGAGCGUGGCUCCUCUAGCCCGGCCGGUCCGAGUGGCGCAGCUGCAGACCGGCAGCGCAUCAAGAAGCGCAGCCGUGCUGAGGCCAAGGCACGAUACGAGGCUCUGAUGAUGGAGAUCGUCGACUGAGC